AUGGUGAUCUCAAUGUCACGCGAAUCAAAUUUAUCUGAAGCAUUAAUUCAAUGUAAAAAACUUGAAAAGAAUUUUAUCAAACGUGAAUAUACGCUCAUUGAUAAAGAGCGACAAAAAAUUCGUUCAAGUAUUGAUCGUCAUAUGGAAACAUUUUUAGCCUUAAAUAAAAAACGUCACGAAAAUUGGUGGAAACAUGAUCGUCAUUUUCGAGAAUAUGUUCGUAAAGAAAAAGAAAAAUUUCGAAAACCAUUAAAAACUGAAAGUUUUAAUCGUCCUCAAACACCAUUUAAAAUGUUAGAAAUUAAUCAUGCAAAUUUAUUUGAUUCAUCGGAAACAGAGAGUAUUGUGUUACCCACGAUUACCGAUACUGUUAUAUUAAAACCAAUGAUAAACAAUAAUCAGAUAAGAAAGAAACGUGAGAAUAGAUUAUCGUCAGCAACACCAAUAUCAAAAGUUGAACGACGUGUACAACAAGUAUUAAAAUCAUCACAAAAACUUUUAGCUGAAUCGGCAGCAAAGAAUAGCCGUGAAAAAAGAUUAAAACCAAAACCAUUGUUCUCUUCGUCCUCAUUUUCUCUACAGUCAUCAGGAGUAUUAUCAAAUUCAACUAUGAGAACAACAUCAUCGUCGAUAACAUCUCCUCCCGUUGGUGGAUAUCAUUACAGGCCUAUACCACCAAUUGAUGAUGACUAUUAUCAAAAAUUAUUACAACAAUCAAUUCAGCGCGAAACAUACGAUGAAUUUAUUGAUCAUUUUGUUAAAUUUCGUCCAGAAUUUCGUGAAAAAUUUUCUUAUAUACAUGAAGAUAUGAAAAGAAAUAUAGCUAUUGGAAAAUUGAGAAAUUUUAAUAAUGUACAAGCUAAAACAAAAGAUGAACGUUAUCAUCAACUAAUUAGUAGUUUAUCAGAUUUUAGCUCAAAUGAGUCGUUAUCACGAAGAAAAUAG